AUGCAUUACUGUGUAGCGGAAAUUGUAGAAAUCGAAGUUCAAGACCAUGUGAAGGUCAAAUACCUGAAAAGAUUUAAAACCACCUACAAGUUCGUCAAAGAAAAAGACGAAGUGUAUGAUAUCUCAAAAGGUAAUGUUGUGAUGGUUCCUGAGUGCAGUGGAUUUUCAGAAAGACAGAAAAACAUGUUCCACUUUUGGCAUAGACUUUUCAACCUACGAUGUAGAAUAAUUUUUGUUAAUUUGAUUUCAAAGAAUGUAUUUGGUAUCUUUCAUGAAUUGUAUGUUUCUGUUCUGGCAUCAGCUUUGUUACUGAUAUUUUAA